AUGUUUGAUUCACCCGAAACGCUCUGGAAUUGCCUUACCAUUGCAGCUGUCGUUGCAAUGACGGAGGGUGAGAAUGCACCUCACAGCCUGAAUAAGACUGAAAGGACGGCUCUUAUGGACAACUUCAAUUCUGGCCCUUUGAAUGAGUUCCAUAAGCUGGGGACGCUUGCGAGAUAUAGUCGUUGCUCUCUUCAGUCCUGCUCCGAUCCAAGGUUUCAAGGAUGUCCGCCCGAGCUAUGGGAAGACAAAUUCCAAUACGUUCCUUUUAACCUUACGAGCAUAGAAGACCUUGGACGGGUAAUGGGAGAAGAUUAUUGUACCAACGCCGACUCAGGUAUCGACUUUGAUAUUGCAGGACCUGGGAUUCUUGUGGCGUACCUGAUGCAAUUCACCAUAGUUCUCUUAUUUGCCCUGACGUACAAGAUCACAAAGACUUGGGUUCGGAACUUCUCUCUUGCACUGUUGUUACCAUUCAAUGGGCCAACAAAGGCUGUGAAAACUGCAAUACGGUGGCAGAAAUUCGUUACACAAAGUAAGUUCGGUAUCGCAGCAGGAGCGGCUCUUGUCGAUCUUCAGGAAGCGCAAGCGAUGUUUCUGGCCAUCAUAUCAACAGCUGCCAUUAUUGCAUUCUCUGGUUCUACCUCAGCUGGACUUGCAAAUAUCAGUUCGUCACUAUCGUGGGCAACCAACAACCUCAUACUACGUGGUGUUGUAUCAGCUGGCAUGUACCCGCUGCUUUUUAUCCAACUCAUACUUCACAAGACACAUAAUCGUUGGUGGUACACUCUCUUCCUAGUUAUCCUCAAUUGGGUUUUGGUCCUAGUCAUCACGCAACCGGGUGUUGUUGGUAUCGAGAUUCUGGAGGACCACGUCAAGAAGACUAAUGAGGUCAAUCGCUGUGGGAGGAAUGCAGGGCCGAGAGCUUACUGUCAAACUCUGAACUUACGUUUCAAAAAUAUCUCUGUCGAUCUUUCCGACGACGACCUUCUUGCAUCCGGAACCUUGUCUGGCUUGGGCUCCAAUAUCUCAACUGACGGUCUUGACUCCAACAUUGAAAACCCUUACUUAUCGAAGAACAAUGUGGAGAGCUAUUUCAAAAUUCAUUCUAGCAUCCAAGCACCUAUACACAUCAUCAUGGUAUUUCUGAUCCUGGACUGGAUGAGUGCGAUGCUAAAAGCACAGUGGUCUGAGCCAGGUACAUGGCUAUAUAGCAGGACCAGGUUCUUGAUACAAAUUUCACCUUCACGGGUACAAAGGUUCCUCAAAGGACGGUAUUUUUGGCUGUUAACCGAAGGCUUGUGGGUUUCUAUGGAAGUCCUCUCUAUAGUGAUGGGUGUCAUCGGAGUCAGCGAAUUCCAAGACUUCCUACAAGUGCUGCAGGAUGGAAAGGAAGGCGACAAGAGCGAUAUACAUAUAUCAAACUGGAGCUUUGGGCAACUGGUUGCGGCUUGUGUCUGGUUUCCUACGAUACUGAAGUUUCUUUGUCUUAAUUUUGCCGGUGUUCUACCAAGCUUGCAGAAGCGGGUGGGUGACAUGAUCGAAGUCACAUAUCGUACGAGAGAUGAGCGGCCUGAUAGUGAUGUCGCUUUGGAGACUCUCGUCCCUUCUGGGUCGAUUGAGAGAAGCCGCACUGAUGUUGGUGAGAUCAAGUUUCGAAAUCACGAUGGGCUGGAACGAGAACGUAUCCGAAAAGGCCAGACAUCUACCCUUGGAAUCCAAAAGUGCCCUCGUGUUGUGGGCACGUUCCACUUCUCUUAA